UAAGGCCGGACUAAAUUAUUCUGGAAGCAUAACACAUCAACGUUCAAAACUAUUCACUUAUUCCGCUUCUCAACGAGAAUCAUUUAAACAAAAAUCAUGAAGUGCAUCGCAGCUGUAGUCAUGAUGGUUCUCGCCCUCACCGAAGGAGCCCUUGUCCCAUUGGCCUAUUCCUCUCCAUUGGCCCUGGCUGCACCCCACACCACCGUCGUCCAGCAGAACCUGGGUGCCCCACUGACUUACGCCGCUCCAUUGGCUUACUCCGCCGUUGCCCCAGCUAUUAGCUACGCUGCCCACGCUUCGGUCGUUCCAACCGCUUAUGUCCAUCAGCCAGCCAUUGCCGUUCUUGCCCAGCAGGAAGGUCGUUAUCUGGCUGCCACUCGUGGAGCUAUCCAUGACGCCCCACUGGAAGGACACGCCAUCUCCCAGCAGUCGCUGAACCUUGCUCCAGCCCCAGGAACUCUGUAAGCAACGAAGUGCUGCAUCCUGUGUAAAUUAUUUUGACGGUUUUAUGGUUUCAAUUAAAAUUUCUACUCUCUGUGAUUUGACCAUGUAGAAUAAAUUGGGUGAACAUUUUUGAUACAGUUGAA